CACGCCCAGCGGCGGCUAGCCGACGCGCCGCGCGCGCAAUCCGAGACCAGCGCGGCGGAAAGGCGAUAGCGGCCAGACAGCGAGCGACCCAGUCGUCGUCGGUGGCUGCGUUAGGGCUGCGCCACUCAAAACAGGUAUUCGCCCAACCAUCGACGCCGUGCGCUUUGUGACCUCCGCGGCCAGUUUCCACAGAGCAGGCUCCCGUCGGUGAAAGUCUCUAGUGCACGCGGGCGCAAGCCAGUCGCGGCAACUUGACGCCAUGCAUCACCUGGUGCUCUCUUCACUGGUGGCGGCGGUGACGUUCGCGACGAUUAAGUGUCAAGCUCACUACCCUACACCAGACCCGCCGGUGCUCAGGGCGGUGGCCCUCCUCACCACAGGAACCAUAAAGGGCACCGUCCAGUUCAUUAAGGAGAACCCCUAUGCGCAGGUGCAGGUGCAUGGGAACGUGACCGGACUGAACCCCGGCAGACACGGCUUCCAUGUGCACCGGUUCGGCGACCUCACCGGAGGCUGCAAGAGUGCCGCCGCCCACUACAAUCCAGCCAAUGCUGACCACGGAGCACCUACUGACGAUAUCAGGCACAUAGGCGACCUGGGAAACAUCGAGGCUGACAUGAACGGCGUCGCGCUCUUCAGCUUCUACGACCGCUUGCUGGCGCUGGAGGGUCCGCAAAACAUCGUUGGAAGAGCAGUCGUCGUGCACGAGCGCGAAGACGACCUGGGACGAACCACGCACCCCGAGAGCCUCUUGACGGGCAACGCGGGCGGCCGGCUCGGCUGCGGAGUCAUCGGCAUCGCUCCCUACUGACGGCAGUGGCAGCUCCACCCUCACCACUGCACGGAACCUCGCUCGACUUGCGCCAGAUGGGCCUUCUUUCGUCAAAAGGCAAAUCGUCGUCCAGUCACGCAAUUUCUCGUGUUCACUUCCACUGCUUGCUUUGUUUAAUAAAGACAAAAUCAUUAAAAUGA